AUGUCUUUGAUUGUCACCAGUAUAUUAAGUUCCACUAUUGGAUUACUUUGGAAUAAAGCCCGAGAUGCGACUGCUAAAGGUCUGCAGGACGGUGAUAUUACAGAUGCAAAAAUUCGUGAAAUAGUCAUGAGAGAGCUCAACGAUAUUAAGACCAAAAUUGACGGUCUCUCACGCAAAGAUCUACUCAGCAGCUACAGUUUUCUACAGGAAGGAGUACAGUUACUGAAUGUUUCUCUGGAUAAAUCGAAGGACGAGCAGAAUGCUGUGGUGAGCCAAAGUGAAGAUGAUCGCGGUGAAGCAUAA